AUGUACAUGCAGACCCUUACCUUGGACAAACAAUGCCUUGGACAGCAGCAGCAGCAGCAGCAGCAGCAGUUGGUUGAUGCCUUGAGAGGGUCACAGCCAAACUGCCUGCCUCUUCUGGAAUGUCGUGCACCCGACGGAUUGGAUUCGCUCCUCACGGUGAGAGGAUCAGUUAUCAGGAGGAACCAAGCCAGAAUGGGUUCAUCAGAAGGUCGUAUCGAACCGUCGAUGCGCGAUGCUUUCGCUAUCCGCUCCCUUGGCCGGGUGCAGGGACCAGGCCACGACGACUAA